AUGUGUUAUGAUAGGAAAUGCAACAGAUAUGCUCUGUAUACCAACAAGAGUUUCUUGUUUUUCUCACCAGUGGGAGUGCAAGGACAGAGCUACAUCAAGAACACUGAAAUAAGGAUCGUCCUCCUAGGGAAAACUGGAGUUGGGAAAAGUUCAACAGGAAACACUAUACUGGGAGAGAACAGAUUUGAAUAUAAAAAAAGUUUGAACUCUGUAACAAAGCAAUGUAGGGUUGAGGAGUCAGUUGUUGGAGGACGAUAUGUAUCUGUCAUUGACACUCCUGGGUUUUUUGACACAAAACUUCCAGAAGAAGACAUGGCAGAUGAGAUGGCAAAGAGUGUUUUUGAAUUUGCACCAGGACCUCAUGCAUUCUUAUUUGUACUUCCUCCAGAUAGAUUCACAAAGCAGGAGAAAGAGGUACUGACAGAAAUUCAAAACAUGUUUGGUGUUGGUGUGCUGAGGUAUCUCAUAAUCCUCUUCACAAAGGGGGAUGGUAUUGACCCAGAGACAUUUAAGUCAGAGGUAAAUGAGAAUAACAUAUUAGGACCAAUUGUUGAAAGCUGUCAGGGGUAUCAUGUCUUCAACAACAGAGAUCAGAAUAACAGAGAGCAGGUGUAUGAUCUACUGCAGAAGAUUGACACAAUGAUAGAGCAGAAUGGAGGAUACUACACUAAUGAUAUGUAUCAAGAAGCUCAGAGAUUUAGACAAGAGGAAGAAAAGAAAAUAAGAGAUGAGAGAAGAAAUAGAGAGGAAGCAGAAUUUAGUGGAGAGUACCAUAAUCCAAUGUUUUCGGAGUCACUGAGAUUUGUACCACAGGAUGGAAGGAAUAGAAAAAGACAAUACUGUGCAAAAACAUCAGCAUUUAAGCGUUUCCGGCAAAGAUUCAUUCAUUUUUUUGCAUGUCUUGCAAAUCGAUUCCGUCGGCGCAGAGAAAACCCAUCAUACUCACCUAUGAAGUAA